AUCAUCAUAACAUAUUUGUGUAGUUUGCUGAUUCCUGCGAGUAAUCCUAACCAAAUAAAACUUGAUCAUUUCGUAUUUUAUAAUUUUUAGUAAAUAUAUAAUUGUACUCGAAGGUUUUAAGAAUUACAUCUUUAGUUACCUAGAUUUUUGUAAAAAAAAUUAUAAUUGUGUCAUAUGACUUACAGGCAUUUUAAUUCUUUAAGUCCGAGAAAAUGACUACAUAUUUUACAAUGAAAUAAAUGAAGAUUUAUGAAGAAUAAAUAUAUUAUGGCCACAAAUACUAAUGGAGUUUAUAAUUUUAAAGUUGUUCUGUUAGGGGAAGGUUGUGUGGGAAAAACUAGUUUAGUUCUUCGUUAUGUUGAAGAUAAAUUUAAUACAAGUCACAUUACUACUAUUCAGGCGUCCUUUUUAAAUAAAAAAAUUAAUUUGGGUGGUGAUCAUAUAAAUUUGGCUAUUUGGGACACUGCUGGUCAAGAAAAAUUUCAUGCACUGGGUCCUAUAUAUUACAGGUCUGCGAAUGGAGCUGUUUUAGUUUAUGACAUAACAGAUGAGGAUUCUUUUCAGAAAGUAAAAAAUUGGGUUAAGGAAUUAAGAAAGAUAUUGGGAGCAGGUAUAUGUCUGGUAAUUGUUGGAAAUAAAAUUGAUCUUGCUAAAAACAGACAUGUAACUUUAGAAGAAGCUGUAAUGUAUUCUAAAAAAGUUGGGGCCAUCCAUUUUGAAACUUCAGCUAAAUUCAAUGAAGGAGUAGAUGAAAUGUUUCUAACACUUACCGAGAAGAUGUUAUUUAACUAUAAAGUAAAAGCUGACAGUUCAUCUUGUGAUAAUCUGAAUUUGCAAAAAUCCAGUAUUUCCAUAGUUGAUGAUCAAUCAAACUCGACCAGAAAUUGUUGUGGUAGUGCUUAGACUAUAGAUAUGUACAAAAUGUAAAUAUUUUAUGUAUAUACAGAAUCACCAGUAGACAGCAUAUGGGAAAAUUUUAUAUGAAUGGAUUUUAGAAACAUUUAAUUUUGGCAAUCGUUUGUGUUUAAAAAAAUGUGUAUGAAAUAAAACUUAUGAUUUCUUGUAUCCUGUAUUUGACAGAGAUUUAAUAUAGAUAAUCACCUGAUUGUAUAUGUGCAUGUUAUUAGGUAAUGUUUUUUGAGCAUAAACGACGGACAAAUUUUUGUCAUAUAAUUCGUACUUUGUUGAUAUCGUACGAGUUUAUCGGUCAAACGGACAAAAUUGGAUUGGUUUGCUUUAAUUACACGCAAUAUCGAAAAAUGGUUUGAUUUUUGCCAAGGGCUUUCAAGUAAUUAUUGUUUUUACAUAAUUAUAUAUUAUACAUAUGAGACAUUUUUAUUUUUGAAUUUACCGCAUUCUAAUA